UAUGGUCCCAAAAACCAUUGUGGGAAAGAUUUUCGGCUCCAUAUGCUCCCUGAGUGGCGUGCUGGUCAUAGCCCUGCCCGUGCCAGUCAUCGUGUCUAACUUCAGCCGCAUCUACCACCAGAGCCAGCGGGCGGAGAAGAGGCGCGCUCAGAAGGCGUCGAAGGAAGCAGGCAAGGCGCUGGUGUGUAAAGCGAACCCUGUGUUUGAGACCCAUCACCACCACCUCCUCCACUGUCUGGAGAAGACCCACGCCUCCAACCACGAGUUUGUGGACGAGCAGACGUUUGAGAGCAGCUGCCUGGAGGUGUCCAUGGUGAAGCAGGCGUCGCGCUCCUCCUCCCUGUCCUCCUCCUCGCCGCACGGCCUCUCCUGCUGCUCGCCGCCGCCACAAGAGGACCAGCUUCAACGUGCCCAACUCCAACAUGGUGGGGGCGGAGGGGCAGCGUGCAGGAGCUGA